CUAUGGCAGCGGUCGGGCGGACGGAGCCUCUGCGGGAGCCGUGCGGGUACCACCGGCGCUUCCGAGUGGAUGUUAAUGUCAAGAAACCCCUUCAGCCCAUUCAACUGAGCAGUGAACAAGUGGCUCUGGAGAUUUGGUCUCUGUGUUUUCAGCUUGAUCUCCUUAUCAAGACAGAGGUACAUGAGUUGCAGGAACAACUUCGAGAAGACAAAAGCCCAGUGGAGUCUGAGUAUUUUCACACAAGGGGAGUAGAUUAUGUUGAAAGAAUAAAACAAUGUCUGGAGCAUCUACCAGAUCCAGUCCCACAAUUAGAGCCUCCAGCACUUUUACACAGCCUCCAAACUAUCAGCGAUUCCCAGCGGCAAAUGAAAUUCAUGUCCACUGACGUGGUUUGA